AUGGCUCCUUCUCUGACCACGACCAUUACGGCCACCGAGCCCAUGUCAUUGUCCACCAUCCUCAAGGACAAGAGGGCAGCCGAAGAGGAAAAGAGCGCGAUUCAGCGCAUCUCGCAUGGCCCAAUGCUUCCCGGCAUUCCGUCUUUUACUUCAGUCGAGAAGGAGCGUCGAUGGAUGCUCGAACAUUUGGCUGGCGCUUUUCGCGUCUUUGCCCGAAAGGGCUUCUGUGAGGGACUUGCCGGCCACAUCAGUCUUCGUGAUCCUGAACACAAGGAUUGCUUCUGGACCAACCCGCUCGGGGUGCAUUUUGGUAUGAUCAAAGUCUCGGACUUGAUCCUUCUUAAUCACGAGGGGGAGCCCGUCGGUGGUGCUACUCACCUUCCUAGCAACCGUGCCGGGUUCCAGAUCCACUCCCACCUUCAUAAGCGUUAUCCUCACGUCAACGCGGCCUGCCACACUCAUUCCAAAUACGGAAAGGCGUACUCCGCGUUCGGAAAGAGGCUGGACAUGAUCAACCAAGAUGUUCUGUAUUUCUACGGUGACGCCCAUGGCGUCUACAACGAAUUUGGCGGUGUCGUCUUGGACGAUGAGGAGGGUGAAAAGCUCGCGCAGUGCCUCGGAGAAAAGGGCAAGGGUCUAAUCCUUCUCAACCACGGGUUACUAACCGUCGGCCAGACGGUGGAUGAAGCCGCCUAUCUCUACACUCUGAUGGAGAGAUCGUGCGAGGUUCAGCUGCUCGCCGAUGCAGCGGCCGCGGGGACGGGUAAUGAGAAGAUUCUAGUCAACGAGGAUGCAGCUCGGUUCACUUUUAAGGCAGCGAGCGAUCCUGAGGGAUUAUACUGCCAUUUCCAGCCUGACCUAGAAUUGGAAAAGACCCUUACGUCAGGAAACUUCCUCAUGUAA